CCCCCUUCCAACUCUCACAGCAGCAGAUGUCUUCGCAAUUUAGCACGUUACGAACGUCCCCCUCCGCCCCACGUGCCCAGAGCGUACCGAUCAGCCGUCCUCAUCGCCCUAUUCGUGGGAAGGAUGGGCGACUUGUACGUCUUGUUGACACAGCGGAGUAUGGCGUUGAAGAGCUUUCCAGGGGAUACAGCUCUCCCAGGUGGGAAGGCGGAUAAGAAGGACCGAUCGGCGGAGGAGACGGCUCGACGUGAAGCUUUUGAAGAAAUUGGACUUCCGCAAGACCCCCUCCUCGUCCCACACCUCUGCACACUGCCCCCUUUUCUUUCAGCCAACAACCUGCUCGUGACGCCAGUAAUAGUGCUAAUCACCUCCCGUGCCCUACGUCCGAUCCUCAACACGCCCGAAGUAGCUCGGCUCUUCGCUCAUCCCCUGCUCGCUUUCCUCUCCCAGUCGGCACCUUUCAGCAACGCAGGUGAAUAUCACACGCUCAAAGACGUUCUCUGGGCGUCGGAUCCCUCUUCCGGCCCAGUGAGGCUACACAGGUUCCUCACGGGAAGGGAAGGGGAAGGAAUCAAACCCGUUUUCGGGCUUACGGCUGCUAUCCUUAUCCGAGCAGCGGAAGUGGGAUACGGGAGGAAGGCGGAGUUUGAUGUUGAGGCUGAAGGGCAAAGGGAGAUGGGAGACAGGAUUGGACACGUUUUGAAAGGGCUGGGAUUGAGAGAGGAGGAGAGGGUAGGGAGGAAGUGGUAUUUGACGAUGGAGAAGGGGGAGAACGGAAGGAAGGGGAAAGCGAAGCUUUGA